UUUUACUGUAACCCCCCCCCCCCGCACACAAUCAUUUAUUGGUUUUUACUUCAGGGAAAUUAUUAUGAGUUUCGGGCGUGAGAGGAAUCGGUUGCCCGUUAGUCAGAUCCCCCGUGGGUUCGUCUAUUCCCAGCUCGGCCUGCUGCCGCGUCUCUGGGAUGUGUAAGAUAAAGAUGGCCGCCGUGCUGCUGCCGGAACAGGGGGAGGAGGCGGCGGCCGAGCGCUGAAGUUAACGGCCGGAUCAGGUACCUUGCACCAUCAUGGCACUUACUAAUACUGCACUACAGCUUCAAAUCAAAUGUUAAAAUACUUAACAUAAGCGAAAAAACUACAAAUAAGCCAUUUCAGAGGGUGUUUCCAUAGCAGGUAUUGCCACCUGCACCUUUCUCAAAGACUAUUUAUUGCACUAUGGCAAGUAAAAGGAAAUCCACAACACCAUGCAUGGUGCUCGCAAGCGAGCAUGAUCCUGAUCUGGAAGUUAAUUCUGAUACAGAAGAAAGGCCCCCUCUUCCUACACCAGUGGGGAACCCUGUUCCAGAGAACUCCUCAAGUGAAGAAGAUGUGGUAGAACCCAAUGAUUCAGACAAUCAACAAAAUAAAACUGUCGAAGGUGGUUACGAAUGUAAAUAUUGUUCUUUUCAGACUCCGGACUUAAAUAUGUUUACUUUCCACGUCGAUUCAGAGCACCCUAAUGUAGUGCUAAAUUCUUCCUAUUUUUGUGUGGAGUGUAACUUUCUAACUAAACGGUAUGAUUCUCUUUCCGAGCACAACAUGAAGUACCAUCCCGGAGAGGACAACUUUAAGUUAACCAUGGUCAAGCGCAACAACCAGACCAUUUUUGAACAAACGGUUAAUGAUUUAACGUUUGAUGGCAGUUUUGUUCAAGAGGAAAACCAGGAACAGGAUGAGCCUAACUCCCCUGGAAUCUCAAUUAGCAAGACGCCAAUCAUGAAAUUGAUGAAGGACAAGUCCGACAAGAAGCGGAUUACAGUAUCUCAAAACGCAGCCGACGACUGUGGAGAGGACACCGAUGUAAAAAGAGAGAUUGACCAAAAGGUGAAACUGCAAGAGGAGACCGAAAAAAAGGCACCACCACCUAUUUCAGAACCAGCUAAAACAAUGAAUAGCUUUAUCGCUAAUUCUCCAGAACUCACCAGUACUGUUGUAACUCCGGCAAAUGUUCUUCAAUCUGGCCUAGCACAAGUUAUCACGGCUGUUCAGGCACAACAGAAUUGCAACAUCGUUUCUAAAGUCUUAAUACCUUUAAAUAGCAUUCCCAGCUACAAUGCUGUCAUGGACAACAAUGCUCUGUUACUCAGUGCUUACAACAAUUUUCCCUACCCCACAGUCUCCGAAAUAAAACUUCUUACUUCUCAAACCAAAUUCACAGAAGAGCAGGUGAAAAUCUGGUUCUCUGCUCAGCGCCUCAAGCAUGGUGUGAGUUGGACACCUGAAGAAGUGGAAGAUGCUCGACGUAAGCAAUGUAACGGUACAGUUCAUACCAUCCCUCAGACAAUUACAGUGAUUCCUGCUCAGCUGUCCUCCGGUGCCAAUGGUUUGUCUUCUAUUUUUCAAACGUGCCAAAUAGUAGGUCAGCCAAGUCUUGUUCUCGCCCAGGUUGCAGGCACAAAUGCAUUACCUGUGACUACACCAAUAGCAUUAACUGUCGCUGGUGUUCGAAACACUGCCCAGCUGCAAAAGGCUCCACUGCCCACCACCCAACCAGCACCAGAAACAAAACGGGUGUUGACUAUCCCUGCUCCCCAAAUACCUAAGCAGGAACACAUCGGGAUGGGUUAUGAUGCUGGUAUGCGUUCAAAGAAAACAAAAGAACAGUUGAAUGCACUGAAAAUUAGCUACUUAAAAAGCCAAUUUCCGCAUAAUUCUGAAAUUGAACGCUUAAUGAAACUGACAGGUCUCACAAAAGGGGAGAUCAAAAAAUGGUUUAGUGAUACACGAUACAACCAAAGGAAUUCAAAGGGUAGUCAUGGUAUUCAUUUCACUAGUGAAGCUGGUGGCAUGAUCUUUGAUUCUGGUGAUGAAACAAUAGACUCUCCUACUCUCGUGCCACCACCACAACGUAGCAGGCAAUCUUGGAAUCCUUUUCCAGAUUUUACUCCUCAGAAGUUUAAGGAAAAGACUGCAGAACAACUUGAAACUUUAGAGGAGAGUUUUCUGAAAAACUCUGUACCUACGGAAGAGGAGGUGAACAAAUUAAGGGUUCAGACUAAACUAACACCAAGAGAGAUUGAUGCCUGGUUCUCAGAGAAAAGGAGAUCUACAGGCAUAAAGGAGGAAGCAAGUGACCUUAAUGAAAGUAAUGCAGGCCCUACUAUAAAAGAAGAGGUGGAAGCAAAUUUAAUGGAAAGUGAUGCUUUAGAAAAUAGGUCAGGGGCGAUAUUUGCUGCAAAGCUUGGAAAAAAGUCCCCAGAACAGUUGCACAUCCUUAAAAGUGCAUUCGUAAAUUCACAGUGGCCAUCAACUACAGAAUAUGAUAAGCUGGCGGAACAAACUGGACUUGCUAGAAGUGACAUUGUGGGAUGGUUUGGAGAUACAAGGUAUGCAUGUAAACAUAACAAUCUGAAAUGGUUCUACCAUUAUCAAGGGCAGAACCAGAAUGUUAUGAAUGGCCAAACGUCCUCUAGAAAAAGGGGCAGAGGAAGACCGAGAGGUAGAGGACGAGGAAGGUCUCGAGGUCGUCCAAAGGGUCAGAGAAGGACAAAUAAUUGGGAGAGGGUGACGGUGCCAAAACACAAAACUGGGAAAGCACUGCUCAAGGACUACUAUCUAACACAUAAAUUCCUUAAUGAGGAAGACCUCGAUGAAUUGGUUGCAAAAUCUCGCAUGGGCUAUGAGCAGGUGAGAGAAUGGUUUGCAGAAAGACUUCAAAGGGAGGAUGCUGGUCUGGAUCCCUUCGAUGAAGAGGAAGAAGACGAGGAUGACAUUUUGGAUGACCAAGAUGAGGAGGAAGAGAAUGAAGAUACUGACGACAGUGAUACCUGGGAGCCCCCAAGACAUGUUAGGCGCAGACUUUCUAAAAGGGAUGAUUGAUAUACUUCCAGUUACUGUGAGUGGAGUUCCUCUUCUCUCUUCGAAAAACCAGGAACCACCGAGGAUGAUGACUUUGGGGAGUGACGGAACUCUGCACUGUGCCAAAGUCACUGUUCGGCAGUCAGAGGACUUUACUGUAAAUAAAACUAUGUGGGCAGCACAUAACCUGUACAAUUCAGAUUUUAAUACAUUUUUACAACGUUCUUUCUUUUGUCUUGGUUAGUUGUAUUUUAUGUGGGGGCGGGGAGCUGAAAUAGCAGACAAAACAAUGACCACUAGUUUUUGUUCUAUCAUUAUAACCUUUUAUUUUUGUCUAGUGUACUUAUGUUUGAGAGUUGAGUUUUGCUGCCUGUGUUCUUUGUUCUGGAAUUUGCUUCUAGCUUUGAGCGACCAAAUAUUUUGCAGAGCAAAAAGAGCUACACGUCCCUGAACUACAAAGUCCUCAGCUCACUCUCUCUGCCGCUUCGCCUUUGCACAUUUUCGAAUUUCCCACUGAAACCCCCAUAUCAGUACAGCUCCCUGAGCUCCGUUCACAUUAAAUGUUUGAAUCCGCACCCUAUCUUUUCCCGAUCAGAUCAAGGUUUGUGUAGAGACUUUAUAUUCUGUCGGUGGGUAUUUGGAUUUUUUGCAGGGGUUUUCCAGUGGUGUUCAUUGUGAUUUUAUAGCUCUGCUUUGCAAACCAAAUCUGCUAAUAGAAACCUUGCAGCUACCAAUAAAAAUGAACUUGACUCUG